AUCAUGUUCGUUUGCAUCUAGAAGUGAGAACGACUGGAUCUCUCCGUAUAUAUACACAGACUCAAUGAAAAGUCAGGUUUGUCUAGUGUCAGACCUUGUCUGUCAGGAUAGCGGAACUGAAGGCUGUGCCAGUAUCUCCUUCUUUCAUCCAUGAAACGGGAAGUCGCCUGAUUAUUAAUGACUUUUAGUGGAAAAAGCCUUGGAAUCGAGCACACGGUGGAUUUUCAUGUGUUUGACGGGUGAUUUUGAAAUUGCUCCUUGUCACUUUACAUCUUCGAGGGAGGCACAGAUCGGACCGUGUUAUGUUAUAUGGAUACGUUACGGAUAAAGACAGCGUUGCAUUUCCAUUAGAUACGGACAGUCUGAAGAGAGAUCCACGUUUUCAUCACUGAACCUCUGCGAAAAUCUUGAUUUGCACGUCUUGUGGUGAUUUCAGUAGUGAAAAUGUGAGGAUAUGCACCAUUUCUAGGCACAACACAAGGCGCUAGUGGUGUAUUGUGAGAUGCAUUUCCAUAUUUCAUACGGCACGGGAGCGCAACAUGUAUUUCCUGCGUGAAUCCUGUACGCGCCGAUAAUGCACAGGAAGAGAAAUGCAUUUUAACAGACUGUGUCAGGCCACGAUACGCUCUCCGAUCACGAUCGCGUCUGUUUUCUCAAUCUGAGCUGCCAUUCGGGUUUUAUUUUGCUUAUCACAGGGUGUCAUGCCGAUCUGGGGAGAAACACCGCGUUCAGUGGUCGUAUCGCUUCCUUCCUGAGUCCUGAUGUUCUUCAUCCAUGCGAGGAUUCACCAUGGAAACCCACAGUGAGCGCUGGUGGACACCGAGACUGGAUCCUGGAUUGGAAACAGAGAGGCUGAUGGAUGUGUAAACAGCUCCCAUAUCCUUUUUGUCGCCUUCAUGUCAACUUGCUGAGACUUGUCUGUGCAGACCUCAGAAAAACAAAGGCGUGUAGCUGGGGGCAUUUGUUCGAGAAGCGCAUCCCAAGUGCCAAAGCGUCUCUAGGCGCUGGCGGGGGCCAAUGCCACGAACAUGCGUGCGAGAUCUGAUUCGGCGUCUAAACAUGCCAGGCAUGACAAUCGGGUGGCCGCUUCGGAUCUGAUCUCAGGUUUGGACAUUGGCGAACACGUUUGCGUUAAAACCCACACGGAGUGUUAGUUUUUAGAGCAUCUUUUACGACCCAACCCAGGAUGCCUCGGAACCGGGCCUUUUCCGAGCCCGAGUAUUCUGCGGAAUAUUCGGCGGACUGUUCGGUCACCCUGCCCUCUGACCCCGGGCAGGCGGUCGGGCGCACCCACGAGGUGACGGUGCGCAGUUCCGGCUGCUGCCUGUGUCUGCCGCGGUUCAUGCGUCUGACCUUCGCGCCAGACUCUCUGGAGAACCUCUACCAGACCUAUUUCCGCCGGCAGCGGCACGAGACCCUGCUGGUGCUGGUGGUGUUCGCGGCCCUCUUCGACUGCUACGUCAUUGUGAUGUGCACUGUGCUUUACACGAGCGAUAAGCUGGCCUCUGUGGCCGUGGCGUCGGUGGGACUGGCGGCGGACGUCGUGCUGUACUUGCUGUGCCGGUACGGCCUGCUCCCGGACCGCGUGACCCGCCGCCUAGUGCCCUACGCUUUAUGGGUGCUCAUAGCGGCCCAGAUCUUCUGUUACUUAGGACUGAACUUCGCCCGCUUCCAUCAGCCCAGCGACACGGUGGGCUGGCAGGCCUUUUUUAGCUUUUCCUUCUUUUUGACGCUGCCGCUGCGGCUGACCCCCAUAGUGCUCAUCACGGCCGUGUCCUGCGGCGUGCACACCCUCGUCCUGGGCGUCACUAUUGCCCAGCAGCAGCAGGAGGACAUUCAGGGGGCGGCUCUUGGAAGACAGUUGCUGGCCAACAUUGUGAUCUACUUAUGUGCCAUCACAGUGGGCGUCAUGUCGUAUUACAUGGCCGACCGCAAACACCGCAAGGCCUUUCUAGAGGCCCGGCAGUCGCUGGAGGUCAAGCUCAACAUGGAGGAGCAAAGUCAGCAGCAGGAGCGUCUCCUGCUGUCCAUCUUACCCAAGCACAUCGCAGACGAGAUGCUUCAGGACCAGAAGAAAGAAGCCAGUCAGAAAGAGAUGCAGCAGUUCAACACGAUGUACAUGUAUCGGCACGAGAACGUCAGUAUUCUGUUUGCAGACAUCGUGGGCUUCACACAGCUGUCCUCGUCCUGUAGUGCGCAGGAACUGGUGAAGUUGCUGAACGAAUUGUUCGCCCGUUUCGACAAGCUAGCAGCUAAAUACCACCAGCUGAGGAUCAAGAUUCUGGGCGACUGCUAUUAUUGUAUUUGUGGCCUUCCGGAUUACCGCGAUGACCAUGCGGCCUGCUCCAUCAUGAUGGGUUUGGCCAUGGUUGAGGCCAUUUCAUACGUUCGAGAGAAGACGCAGACGGACGUGGACAUGCGUGUCGGGGUGCAUUCUGGGACGGUUCUGGGCGGGGUGCUCGGACAGAAGCGCUGGCAGUAUGAUGUGUGGUCUACUGACGUGACGGUGGCCAACAAGAUGGAGGCUGGAGGAAUACCAGGGCGAGUGCACAUCUCCCAGAGUACCCUGGAGUGUCUGCAUGGAGAGUUUGACGUGGAGCCGGGGAAUGGAGGAGACCGCUGCGAAUACCUGAAGGAAAGGGGCAUUGAGACGUACUUGGUGGUGGUGCCCAAGGGACCCAUGGGCAAAAACGGCAUCAAUGGGGUAAAGCUUUCGGUGACGUCUUCUAACGGCAAUUCUCCGUUGCUGAUCAACACUACAGAGUGUAAUGGGAGCGUCCACACGGCCUGUACCACACCGGAGGAACCGGAGGAGCUGGACACACGGGUGGUGAACCCUUCAUUUCCAAACCCUCGGCGUCGGUUGCGUCUACGUGAUCUGGCUGAGAGAGUCAUCGACGCUCAGGAGAACGAACAGGAGCUCAAUAAACUCCUCAAUGAAGCUCUGCUGGAGAGAGAGACAGUACAGGCGCUGAAAGGGAAGUACACUAAUCGUCUGUCUCUGCGCUUUACUGAUCCGGAGCUGGAGACGCGUUUCUCCGUGGAGAAGGAGAAGCAGAGCGGAGCGGCGUUCAGCUGCUCAUGUGUGGUGCUGCUCUUCACCGCUGUCAUGGAGGCACUCAUUGACCCCUGGUUGGUUGCAAACUAUGUGACUCUGGCCGUAGGUGAAGUCUUGCUACUCAUUCUUACUAUCUGUUCACUAGCCGCCAUUUUCCCACGGGUAUUUCCAAAGAGGUUGGUGUCGUUCUCCACUUGGAUUGAUCACACGCGCUGGGCUCGCAACACUUGGGCCAUGGCGGCCAUCUUCAUAGUCACAAUGGCCGACAUAGUAGAUAUGUUGAGUUGUCGUCCACCUGAGUCCUCCACGUCUGAGGCGACUGCGGUCACUCCGGUCACUUCGGCCGCCAGUGGCUGUUCGGAGAAUCCUAAAUACUACAGCUACAUCGCCGUACUCGCGCUCAUCGCCACCACCAUGCUGGUGCAGGUCAGCCACAUGGUCAAACUCACCCUCAUGCUGCUGAUCACUGGAGCUACAGGUGUGGUCAACAUCUACACCUGGAGGAACAUCUUUGACCUGUACGACCUGAUGCGCUUUAAGGAAUACAGAGUUAAUCUUGUGCCCUCCAAAUACGCCAUGAGUGUGAUGAUCUUCGUCAUGAUGGUCAGCUUCUACUAUUUCUCCCGACAUGUGGAGAAGCUCGCACGCACGCUGUUCCUGUGGAAGAUUGAAGUGCACGAGCAGAAGGAGAAGGUGUACGAGAUGCGCCGCUGGAACGAGGCUCUGGUCGGUAACAUGCUUCCAGAGCACGUCGCCCGACAUUUCCUGGGCUCCAAGAAGAGGGAUGAGGAGCUCUACAGCCAGUCCUACGAUGAGAUCGGAGUCAUGUUCGCCUCCAUCCCAAACUUCUCUGAUUUCUAUACGGAGGAAAGCAUCAACAACGGCGGGAUUGAGUGUCUGAGGUUCCUCAAUGAAAUCAUUUCCGAUUUUGAUAGCCUUUUAGACGAACCACAGUUUCGCUUUAUAACCAAGAUCAAGACUAUUGGCAGCACCUACAUGGCAGCGUCAGGAGUCACUUCAGAUAAUAAUACUAAUGGUUACACUUGUGUGAAGAAAGAAGAGAUUUCAGAAAGGGAGCGGUGGCAGCACUUGGCAGAUCUUGCAGAUUUUGCUUUGGCCAUGAAAGUCACGUUGAUGAACAUCAACUACCAGUCCUUCAAUAACUUCAUGCUCCGCAUCGGGUUGAAUAAAGGGGCCGUUUUGGCUGGUGUUAUCGGGGCCCGUAAACCUCAUUUUGACAUCUGGGGAAACACUGUGAAUGUCGCCAGUCGCAUGGAGUCCACAGGGGUGAUGGGAAACAUCCAGGUGGUGGAGGACUGCUACUGCAUCCUGAAGGACUACGGCUUCCGCUUCGUCAGGAGAGGACCCAUAUUUGUCAAGGGGAAGGGAGAGCUGCUCACCUAUUUCCUAAAGGGACGUGAAAAACAAGGCUCCUUCAUUAACGGCUCUUUUGUCACCCUGCCGCACCAAGUGGUGGACAGCUCUUGACCGACACGCACACACAUCCUGUCGUACAUAAAACUCUUGCUCGCGCACACCUCACGUCAUACCUCUUCUGCCGAGUACAUGUGCUCCAGUAAUUAGUACUUUCAAAUGUGUUUUCUCUAUUUAUUAGGCUGAGGAAAGAGAUGCUGGUGGGAAACGAGAGAGAGACUUUCUGUUUAUAUAAGAGAAGUACUAUAUAAUAUACAUUUUGGAAGUGUGCACAGAGACGAAUGAAUGAAGCUGAAUGAUUUUAUUAGGUUGCUAAAGUGAUUAAAAAGGUUGUUUUUAAACUCAAA